AAUAAUAAUAAUGAAGGCAAGUGGACUUCAAAUCCUACCAUCACCUACAACUCAUUAAUGCAAAAUCGGUAUGCUGUGGAGUACAACAUGCAACACAAAAAUCGUGGAACGGCCAUCAUCUUCAAUCAUAUGGAAUUCGAUGCCAGACUAAAUUUAAAUCCCCGAGACGGAACAGAAGUGGACUGUGCCAGAUUGCAGAGUGUCCUAAAGCAACUCCACUUUGAUGUUUAUUCAUACGAUGAUCUUUGUCACAAGAAAAUUGUUGAAACAGUUGCGAAAUUAGCUUCGCAAAAUCAUGAAGAUAGCGAUUGCAUCCUAAUUGCGAUUUUAUCGCACGGCGAAAAGGGUCUUAUCAACGCACGCGACGUUCAGUAUAAGUUGCAGGAUAUUUGUGAGCUCCUCUUGCCCAGCAAGUGUCCAAGCUUAGCAGGCAAGCCAAAGCUCUUCAUUGUGCAAGCCUGUCAGGGGGACAGCACCGAUCCAGGUGUACGCCUUAUUGCAACAGAGAGCUUGUCUUCCAAUAACUACACGAUUCCAAUGCAUGCGGACUUCUUGAUUGCCCAAGCUACAAUUCAAGGCUUUGUCUCCUGGCGCAACACCAAAUUUGGUUCUUGCUUUAUACAAAAUCUAUGCACCGAACUUGAGGAAAAAAGCAAAGACUGCGAUCUGCUCACCUUGCUGACAUUUGUGUGCCGUCGUGUAGCCGUAGACUUCGAGGGGUGCACCUCAGAAAAGCAAAUCCCCAGUAUUACAACAAUGCUGACGCGCAAUCUCUUUUUUAGAGAUGGGCCCUAGACUUCAACUUUAGUUAAAACAUGUGAUUUACUUACUGGAACAAAAUAUAUACAUAUAAUUUCAAAUAAACAACGACUUUGUCGUUAUACGAUGUGUCACCUCUAAUACUGUUAAAAUAACAGCUGUGCUCUGUUACUGCAAUAUGU